AUGGAAGCUCGACACAAGCACGGCGGUGGCGACUUUACAGCUACUCGCCAUUCUACGACCUACGACUACAUCUCGCCCUCCAAACUGGAUCUAGUCGGCAAGCAUGUGUUGAUCACUGGCGCCGCAUGGGAAGAUGGGAUCGGUUAUGCCACAGCUACGGCGUUUGCGCGCGCAGGAGCAACUGCAAUCGCAGUAGCUGAUCUGCACGGCGUAUCAGACGAAUUGUCCACAAGAUUGAAGCAAGCCGCGACGCAAGCUGGACGCGCCGAGCCUAUCGUAGUAUGUUGCACAGUCGACAUAUCAAAACUAGACAGCGUGCAAGCCAUGCAUGAUAUCGUGUCGCGGGCUUUUGAUGCGCGCUUUGACGUUGUAGUAAACAACGCAGCACAUAUGGAACCAUACGUGCCGUUCCUCGAAACAGACGCAGAUGUGUACUGGCGAAGCUACGAAGUCAACGUCCAGGGUCUGUUCAACAUGGCACGUGUCUUCCUCCCCUUACUACUCUCAAUAAACACCACACACAACGGACUGUGCACGAUGAUUAACGUAGCCUCCUCUGGCGCCCUGACCGCCCGUCCUGGAAGCGGGAGUUACCGCAGCUCAAAGCUCGCUAUCUUGAGAUGGACAGAAACUUUACAGCUGGAGUACGGCGAUAAAGGCCUGCUGGCGUUUUGUGUGAAUCCUGGUGCAAUCAAGACCAAGAUUACGGAGACGGCGCCUGAGGAAGUGAGAAAUAGGUUUCCGGAUCGACCUGAGGUUGCCGGUGAUACGAUUGCUUGGUUGGGUGCUGAGCGGAGGGAGUGGUUGGCGGGGAGGUAUGUGAGUUGUACGUGGGAUAUGGAGGAGCUGGUGAGCAAGAAGGAUGAGAUUGUAGGAGAGGAUAAGCUUAAGAUGAGGAUGGCCUUCUAA